UUGACCUAGUCAGUAUGUAUUCGAACGAGGUUUAAAAUCGAAAUAUGGAUUUACAGUCAACGAAAAUCCUGGUGGCGGUGCUCUUUUCCUUUGUCAGAUUUUUUUUCGGUAUUCUGCCGGUGAAGCUCUAUAAGUGUCUGAGGAAGUGGGAAGGAGAUGACGGCUCUGGCAAGUUUGUGAACAACAAAAGACAUACUCAAGUGAACUGUGCUAUAGCUUUGUGUCAAUCUUUCGGAGGAGGAGUUUUGUUUGCCACUUGUUUUCUGCACAUGAUGUUAGAGGUAUACCAAUCCGUAGAAGACCUGAAGAAAUUUGGCAACUUGAACACCAAUUACCCCUUAUCACAACUAACGAUUUCGUUGGGAUUUUUCUUGGUAUAUUUCUUGGAAGAGUUAUCUCACUGGGUUAUCACAAGAAUACCGGAUAAACCGUACCCACCUAUUGAGAAGAAAUUCAACAAUUUCACGAAUGCCUCCGUGACUCCCAUAGAGGAAGAUGAAACAAAAAAUUCCAAAGCAUUUUUAGUCGAAGAUGAAUACGAAAAAACUACUGGAAAAUGUAAAGCUGAAGAAGAAAAUGUAACAGAAAGCGAAGAAAUAAGUGACGCAAAUAUGUUAGAAAAAGGAUUCAGUGUAGACAAUCAUCACGAGAAUAUAGUGUACGAUUCCUUGAGUUUUAAUUCGGAUGUAGCUAGAAAUAAUCGUAAGAACUUAGAUAAUGAUAGAGAAAUAGACGAUGUGGAGGAGAUUCAAGAAGAAGUCCUAGAAUGUGAAAUAAAAUCUCAACAGCAGAUUAUGAGGUACAUUCUGAUUGUUGUGGCACUGUCGUUUCAUGCUAUAUUUGAGGGUUUGGCCAUAGGUCUUCAACACAGCAUAGCGAAUAUCUGGUACUUAUUUAUUGCAGUUUCUAUACACUCAGCAACCAUUUUAUUCUGCAUAGGACUCGAAUUACUACUGGCUAGAGCCAAAACGAAAUUUAUAUAUUACCAGAUGUUAGCUUUAGCAUUUGCUAGCCCCUUUGGUGUAUUUUUGGGGCUUUUGGUGACCAUUAAAAGUGAUAUUCAGACCAGAGCCAAAUCAAUUGCUGUGGUGUUUCUGGAAGGACUUUCCGCGGGGACUAUUCUGUACAUUACUUUUUUUGAAAUUCUCAAUAGAGAAAAAGAGAGAAGAGUUUAUAGGAUACCAAGAGCUAUUUGCAUACUAGCAGGAUUUUUUUUGAUGGCAUUUCUACAGUCUUUAGAAGUAUACGAUUAGGAUGCCGUGAAAUUGAAACGCAGUCUAAGAUAACAUUGAUCAAAAAAAGUAAUCAUAAAUGGAAUAAUGGAAUGGAACCCUGGUUAAACUGAAGAAAAUCGAUUUCGUUAGUGAUAGUGUCAUUCAUAAAAAUCAACUCUUUGUAUUAUUUUAUCGAUACAUUAAUUGAAAAUGUUUAUAAUAAAUUCACGAAAUCA